UGGUUUUUUUUCUGAUUCCAACCUGCAGACCUGCUGCCUAUAAAAUCCCACAAACUUUUUCCUUCUGGAAGCAAUCUCAACUUCUUCCUUUCCCUCACCAACAGCUGGUCUGCGAACUUCAAGUUGCCAAACAGCAACAAGCUCCAGCGCGACGAUCAAGAGAGGCCAGACUCUACUAGUCUACUCCACUAACUAAGACAACAAGUGCCACGUCGCUCAGUUAAUCAACAAACAUGUCUUCCGCUGCCGACGCCCCCUCGGCCUACGUGCCGUUCAACCCUCACCGCGUCGACCUUGACACCGCGGACCCCAAGGCCGUGGUCUGCUACCUCAACAGAUCGUCCAACGACUAUGAUGGUCGUGUUGGCCUCCGCAUCUCGGCCCUGUUCGUCAUCUUGGCCACGUCUUCUAUGACCACUCUCUUCCCGGUCCUGGCCACCCGCAUCCCUCGCCUGCGCAUCCCCCGCUAUGUGUACCUCUUCGCCCGCUACUUCGGCGCGGGUGUGAUCAUUGCCACCGCCUUCAUCCACCUCCUCGACCCCGCCUACGAGGAGAUCGGCCCCGCCUCUUGCGUCGGUAUGAGCAAGGGUUGGGACUCCUACUCUUGGCCCCCUGCCAUCGCCAUGACUGCUGUGAUGCUUAUCUUCCUCCUGGACUUCGGCGCCGAAUGGUACGUCGAACAGAAGUACGAGGACCAGGUCGACGUCAGCGUGGAGAAGGUUAUCACCACCUGCCCCGGCCACAGCACCGACGGCGCCAACUCAACCGACGAGGGUCACAGCAGUGAGUCUCACGACGACUGCCACAACUCGCCUCGCAAGCAGUCCACCACUGGCCACGACGCCCAUGCCGGUCACCAGUUCCUCCACUCUGGUGAUCAGGAUUCGCAGCUUCCCGCUCAUGGUGCCACCGCCGUCUCUCCCACCACCGACUCCCAUGGCCACGACACUAGCAAGGACGCCAUCGACAUCGAGUCCCACGCCUUCCUGACCGGCGACUCCCCUGCCUCGGAGCGCAUCUUCCGCGAGCAGAUCGCUGCGUUCCUGAUCCUCGAGUUCGGUGUCCUGUUCCACAGUGUCAUCAUCGGUCUCAACCUCGGUGUUGUCGGAGAGGAAUUCUCCACCCUUUACCCCGUCGUCGUCUUCCACCAGGCUUUCGAGGGCCUCGGUAUUGGUGCCCGUCUCUCAUCGAUUCCCUUCCCGAAGCGUCUGGGCUGGAUGCCCUGGGCUCUUUGCGUUGCUUAUGGCUUGACCACUCCGAUCGCUCUUGCUAUUGGUCUUGGCUUGGCCACUACUUACGAGAGCACCGGAUUCACUGCUUCGAUUGUUUCCGGUGUGCUUGACUCCAUCUCGGCUGGUAUUCUCCUGUACACCGGCCUCGUGGAGCUCCUCGCCAGGGACUUCCUCUUCAACCCCAACCGCACUCGCGAUAGGACCCGCAUCAUCUUCAUGCUGGCUUGCCUGUUCGCGGGCUGCUUCGUCAUGGCUCUUUUGGGCAAGUGGGCCUAAGCCACCACAUCGGGAGUUCACCAGUCACCACAAUCGGGAGGAUGUAUCACGACAACUGUUAACGGUCUUCAAGCAAGCGAUUUUUGUCUGGUUGGAGGGAUCUGUUGG